AUGGUGACAGUUAUCGAGGAUUCGAUCAAGCUCCAGGGUGAUGAAUGGUACACAAAGACCUGGCUGCCCGAGGGCCGUCCAAAAGCCAUCCUUGUAUUUGUGCACGGCUUCAGCGAUCACGUCAACGCCUACUACGAGUUCUUCCCCACGCUGGCGGGCCGCGGCAUUGCUUGCUACGGCUAUGAUCGCCGCGGCUGGGGACGCUCAGUGAGGAAAGGGAGUGACUGUGGCCGCACGGGUCCCACGAGCACGGUGAUGACAGACAUUGCCGCCUUUGUCUCAUCGGUCCUGGACCGGAACUCGAGCAACGGUAACGGCGAUGGGCCUGUCUUUGUCAUGGGCCACUCCAUGGGUGGAAUCGAUGUUGCCACCUUCAUGGCCGCUCCGGCCGGCUCGCCGCGUGAGGCCAUCGUGCGCCGGAUUCGCGGCUGGAUCUUCGAGGCGCCCUUCUUCGGCUUCCCCGCCGGCGAGGAGCCGAGCAUCGUCAAGGUCGUUACCGGCCGUCUUGCCGGCCGGCUCUUCCCCAAUAUGCAGCUCAAGAACACCAUUCCGGCCGAGUACUUCUCGCGCGAUCCCGUUAUCGUCGACACGAUCCGCAACGAUGCUCUCUGCCACGACACGGGUACGCUGGAGGGCCUCGCCGGCCUGCUCGACCGUGUUUCCGUCCUCGCCAGCGGCGGCUGUGUUCCCCAUGCUGCCGUGACCAGCAUCUGGAUCGGCCACGGCACGGACGAUCGCGCGGCCAGCUACUUCGCCUGCAAGAAGUGGUUCGACAGCAGCUCUGCCGCGGCCGUGCCAGACAAGACCCUGCGCACGUACGACGGGUGGCUCCAUCAGCUGCACGCCGAGCCCGAAGCCGACCGCCAGCUGUACUAUCGCGAGGUCGGCGACUGGAUCCUGGCUCACAGCGAGAAGGAGGACGGGGACGGGGAGCCCUCGAGCGACGCCGCAUCUGCGACACCACCAGCGCCAACACCGGCAGAGCCUGCCUCUCCGCUUGCAACAGAGCCCGCAGAUCCUGUGGUCGAGACCGAACAACCGGCCGCUGUACCAGCUGGAGACAAGGAAGAGUCCAAGCUCUGA